UGUGCACCAUCAUGCCUGGCCCUUACUUUGGUUUUCUUGAAUUGUGUACUUUUUUUUAUGUUAACAAAUCCCAUAACAGAUUUUUGAAAAUCUUGUUGAUUCCAUGGAGCUGAGCGCGUGGCGUGAGCCUCACACCAGACAGCUUCCUGCGCACCUCCUGUAUCCUGCUCAAGCUCUCUUGAGCCAGGCCAUUGGCAGCCAGAACCCAUGGUCCCCCACAUGUCGUCCUCGGCCCCCAUCGCGGAGGUUAAAGGGAGCCCCAGCCCAGCCUGCAUCCGAGAAGGAGUCCAAAAUGCCCGACUGGCGAGAGGAGAGUGAGGAGGAGGACAAUGACGACGAGGAUGAGGAGGAAGAAAAAGAAAAGAGUCUCACCGUGGAAGGCAAGAGGGAAAAGAAGAAAGUAGAGAGGUUGACGAUGCAAGUGUCUUCCUUACAAAGAGAACCAUUUACUAUUGCACAAGGAAAAGGGCAGAAACUUGGUGAAAUUGAAAGGAUACAUUUCUUUCUAAGUAAGAAAAAAACAGAUGAACUAAGAAAUUUACACGAAGUGCUUUGGAACAGACCGGGCACAGUGUCCUCAUUAAAGAAGAAUGUGGGUCAGUUCAGUGGCUUUCCAUUUGAAAAAGGGAGUACACAAUGUAAAAAGAAGGAAGAAAUGUUGAAAAAGUUUAGAAAUGCCAUGUUAAAGAGUCCAGUUCUUGAUUUGGAGAGAUCUGGUGUAAAUAGUGAACUGGUGAAGAGGAUCUUGAAUUUAAUGCAUCUAAAACCAUCAGACAAACCAUUGCCACAAUCUAAAAAAGCUUCUAGUAGAGGCAGUGAAAAGGAACGGAACAGUUCUGGAAUGGCAAGGAAGGCAAAACAAAAAUGUCUUGAAAUUCUGUCAAAUGAAUCUAGUAGUGAUGAAGAGAAAAACACAGAAGAGUCUUCAGAUGAAGAUAAACUGAAGAGGAGCAGCCACCAAAAGGACAUCUAAAAAGGAGAAAACUAAACAGCUGCUUGUAAAAGUAAAAAGUCUUAAAGUGCUGAUGUUAAGAAGGCAGAUAGUAGCACCACAAAGAAGAAUCAGAACAGUUCCAAAAAAGAAAGUGAAUCUGAGGAUAGUUUACAUGAUGAACCUUUAAUUAAAAAACUGAAGAAACCACCUACAGAUGAAGAGUUAAAGGAAACAGUACAGAAAUUACUGGCCAAUGCUAAUUUGGAGGAAGUCACAAUGAAGCAGAUUUGCAAAGAGAUGUAUGAAAAUUAUCCUGCUUAUGGUUUAAGUGAGAGAAAAGAUUUCAUAAAAACAACUGUAAAAGAGCUGAUUUCUUGAGAAACAAGACAAAGGACUUGUUCCUGUAGGUUGGAAGAUUUGAUGUAUACAUUAUACCAGCAAAGAGAAUGUAUUUCCUUUUCUAAAUCCCUGUCUUGGUAGAACUUACUGCUGACCUUUUUAUCUUGGAUGUUAAUGUAAAUUUGAGUUUGUUGUUUUAAACUGCAUUUCUAUGCUGUUUGUAGUUUAAAAUGCAUGGCAUUGUUACUUGCUUUUAUAGCUGUAUUUUGUACAUUUUGAAUUUCUUCAUAUAAGGCUAUAGAUUCCUCAAUUAUGGGUUUUAAUGUACUUAAUAUUAGCUUGUUAAGACAUUCUUUUAAUCAAGUAGGACAAAAAAUAUAAGUGGCGUUUAUACAUGCAGAAACUAUUGCAGUAUUUAGUACGUGAAAUACUUUGAAUAUAUAUCUCGUCUGUCUGUGAAUUCAGCGGCACUGUGUUCAUCAUACUAAAUUACACAAGCUGUCUGGAUAAAGUCGGAACUUCUUCUGCAUGUGUAUAUAUGCCAGGUUGUCAGCAUGACAGAAGUGACAGAUGUUAUUUUUUAUUUUUUUAUUAUUUUGU